GUCGUGGAGGAGGAGCCCGGCACUCGCUUACGAGUCUCAGCUCUUGCUUCAUCACUGAUUACUGCAUCUCGCCAUGGACAAGUCCACUCGUCCGCUGGCCUCGGUGCCAGCACAAGGUGCAGCCUCCGGCCGUCGCCUCACGGUCGUCCUCAGCGCAGCGCUGGCGGCAUCCCUCCUGCUGCUCUCGAUAUACGGGGACGCCGUUUCCGCAUGGCUCCCCUCCGAAGGCCACGUUAGAAGCGUCGCACUGCUGAUCGCGGCGGCCGGGAUUACCCUCGCGGUGUACAUGCGCUCACGCCCACGAGCCAGGCCAAGGCCGGGGCCGGGGCCUAGAUAGCGCCCAUGUCUGGAUGUAUUAUCCUCGGGAUCAAGCUCGGCGCCUGGUAGUUCUGCAGCUUUGCAGAUUACUUGGCGGAGCUCGACCUGUUAAAAGUUCAAUUCGGCUGGCCCGUGGCCCAGACUGGCCAGACUCUGCAGGCGCGCAGGCGCUCAAUUGCACUCUCAAAGCGCCAAAGAGAUGCUCACAUGCUCACAUG